ACAACACACUGAACCACUAAUCUCUUAGCAAGAAAACAGGCCUAAAUGCGUUCCAAACUUAAGCUGCGAUGGAAAUGGAAGAUCGAAGACAUCACCCUUCUAUGCAUCUUCCUUCUCGCUUGGAUCAUUUGGAUUUCAUUAUGAAGUGUUUAGAAGGAAAAUGGAGUUUGCAGAAAGGGGUCGGAAAGGAAUUCGUGCCAAUACCGGUGCCGGUGGAUUUGGCAAUGAAAGAGGCUUACUUUAAAGGGUCGCUGUUGGAUAGGGUGGUAGCUCUUGAGCAUAGACUUUCCCAGUUAUGUGAUGGUGUUGAUUUUGGCUUGCUUCUUCCUUUUAGCUAUGCUUGGAGUUGGAAUCAACCUGCAGCACCUCCUGCACUUCAACAUCAACAUCUGGAACAGCAAAAUCAUACUAGGAUUCUUGGAAGCUCGAAAAAGACAGUCAUAUACAGUUCAGCUGAUAUGACAUGGUGGAAAGCCUGGACCUCGUAAUUGAACCAAUAAUCAGUAUUACUUGUAUGAUCCUUCUUUGUGUAGUUAAUGUGCAGAAGUUAGGAAGACAAUAUUUUCCAUAUGGGACUGUGACAUCAUUCGAUGUUAGAUUGAUCAAAUUGGCUUUGCGUACAGGGAAACCCUGAAACAGAACAACAAAAGAAGAAAAGUCCACAUCCUCC